UCUGCUAUUAUCCUUAGAUCGUUUUUGCUGAUCUAAAGCACCGUAUUCCUGCUGCUACUGCUAAUGCUGCUGUGUCUGUAGCGCCAUUUCUUUGGUUGGUGUUACUUGAUUCCUACAUUUCUCUCUGAUGCCGCAGCAUCUUACAGCUGGUGCAGCAUUGACUUCAGUUAAUCGAUUGACGGUGUCGCAGCUAAUUACGAUUAAAUUAGCUAUCUGGUUGUUGUAGGCACAGUGAACUAUUCAAUAUAAGCCAUGGAACAGAUGCCUGUCCUGCGUACACUUUGAAAACGUGAAAAAGAAGACCAACAACAGAAAGUACGGGUGCUCGUGCUUGUGGUGAUAAUGACGGCUGAACCCAGCGGUCAAGAUGUUAGUCAACGAAUUCGGAAUGCGAUUAAAUCGAAGCUCGUUGACAUCGGCUGCUAUGUCGAUGACGAGCUUCCAGAUUACGUAAUGGUGAUGAUUGCAAACAAAAAGUCAAAGGAUCAGAUGAAAGCUGAUCUAGAACUCUUUCUCGGUGAAUAUUGCGGCGGAUUUUGCGAUUGGCUUCACCAAGUACUCGAUCAUCUGCAGAGGUUUGCCCGAGAAGGAAAACACAAGAUUGAUUUAUUCGAGGAGAAAAGUAAAUCUUCAAAAACUAAAGAAAAAGAUAAGGUGCAUCGAUGGAAGGAUAAAGAACGACCCGCUCCCCCUGGAUCAUUUGUGUCGGGCGAUGAAGUAGCGCUUCAUCUUGACGUUGAUGAGAAAAGAGAAUUCGAAGAAGCGGAAACUAAGAAUAAUGUCGAAAACACCAAAAAAAGAGAGUCCCGACGUUCUCGAUCUCGAAGCCCGCUCAAGAAAAUCGAGGAACGCACCAAAAAGAAAUUACGUGAACGUGUAGAUGAGGUUACUAAAGAGGUAAAGCGAAAGGAAGCGUCACGAGGUUGCGGAGAUGGCAAAAGCGAAUCGAGCAGUGUAAGCAGUCGCAAGCGAAUCGAGGUGGACAGCAGCCGUGACAGAGUACACACAAGCAGCAAUUCCAGUUCAAUUAAACAUAUUCGAAGUCCUGAAAGGACUCGAGGCAGCGGAAGCUCGUCAGCUUCUAGGCGAUCCAGAGUCAUUUCUCCGACAAUGACACGACCUCAGAACUCUUCCAAGGAUUACGGGAGAGACCAUGAUCGAAAGGAACGAGAAAAAGUUACUAGGGAUAAAGUUGAGCCACGACAACGAGGCCGAGCCGAACGAAAAGGAAAUACUGAUGACCGAAAGGAUAGGAGGGACGAAGGGGAUAGAAAAAAGCUACCGAUCACGCAGUUUAGUUCUCGGAAAAGCAAGGCGCCGGGAACACAAGAGGUGUCGAAGAAGAGUCCUGAAGUUCGCAUCGAGCGCACAAUCGAAAACGAGAAGGAAGAAACCAAACGGCCUCCGGUGCCUAUAAAGGGCCGCUUAACGUCAACGAUUGGGGCAGUCGUUACAAAUGACGCGAGCUCCUCGGAUUGCGAAGAUGAAGCAGAGUAUGAUCCCUCGAGACCUCAGUUGCGUUCUGUCGCUACCGUGGCACCGCGAAAGAGAGUUUUUGUUGAUAAAGAUCAUCUCGAAAAAAAUAAAAUUCUCGCCAAAGCGCUGCAGGAUGCGAAUAGAAGUACCGCUUCGGCCACAACCCGACAAAUGGAGUCCUUAAUGGUUGUUGGCCGGAGACCUGAUGAACGCGCUGGACCAGCGAAAAGAAGUAUUCAGGACCGACUUGGAGCUUACGUUACGGAUGCUAUCGCCGCUAGAGUGGCAGAAGUGAAACGUCGAAGAGAAAUGCCGCCAAGUUUAGCAGAUGAUGACGAUGACGAUGAAAACAUGGCUUCUAAUGAUUUGGAAGUAAGUGGGGGAGAAGCUACAAAUGCAGAACGUGGUCCAGGGCCUCGAAUCAUCGUCACCAUGAAACGGAUACCAAGCGAUAUCGAUAGAACUGCUCUUGAUGCUGAUAAAGAAGUUGAAUUAGAAGAUUUACGGUUAUCUUUGAUACGAAACAGCAAUGCCGUUGCAGUAACUAGCGGCGUCAAAGGCGAACAUAUUAAUCAACAAAUUUCAACAUCUGCAGCAGCGGCUGCUGCUACUGCAUCUUCAUCACCAGCUGUAGUAUCAUCAUCUCAGAAAUCCGAAGAGAAAGGUACCAUAUUGGCGGUGGAUUCGGACGGCAGUCAACCCGUAACAGCACUACGAAAGAAGAUGGUCGUUACUAAUAAAAAUGGUGUUCAAGUGGCACCAAAGGCGACGGAAGUAACUGGUCCAGUUGAAUCCGACGGCGUUAACGCAGUGAACGUCACAGGUGGCAAGCCAACAGCCGUCACACUUCCUUUGGUGAAAUCAUCCUCCCCUGAGAAACUGCAGCAGAAUGAAUACGGUGAAGAGAAAGAUGAUAAUGUAAUUAUGAGGAAUGGUAUGAUUGUAAAGCCAAGUCCUUUAUUGGCAGCAUGUGGUGUGAACGUGAACACAGCAUUGGCGAUAAAAAUGAAUCCAACAAAAGAAGAAGCAGCAGCAAAACCUCUACCUGGAGCCGAUCUGGAUGCACAUUCCGACAAGGCGCCUAACCAAGGCACCGGUACUACUGUAGCACUCCGCAAAUCGAAAUCUGUUAUAGCUGAAAAAAUUCCUCUCCAGUCUCUGGAUGAUUUGGUUCCUAAAUCGGCUCUCUUGGCAUCUGGCGUUAACGCAAAUGUACCGAUGUCAAGUGCGAAUGUCCGCAGAAGACAACGCUGCCGGUUCGAUCCUGUCUGCACCAAUACUAUUUGCAGAUUCACACAUCCGGGCCAGUUGUGCAGCUCAUUUCCACUUUGCGGUCUCCCAGCAGCUAGCUGUUUAUAUCGGCAUCCACCGUGCAAAUUUAAUCACGGCUGCACAAACCCUAACUGUCUCUACGCUCACAGUGAAGAUGGUAGGUCUCCCUUACCAGUGUUCACAGCCAAUGAGACUGGUAAACCGACCCCAUGUAAAUUUUUCCCGAACUGCACAAACUCAACAUGCCCCUUUUUUCAUCCGGCUAUACCAUGCAAAUUUGGCUUACGGUGUCAGGCACUGGGAUGUCAGUUCGUUCAUCCGGAAAAGUCCGUGGUGGCUAAACUGCGAUGGGUAGCUAAUAAUUAGGUGAAACUGCGCGAUGGAUUAGUAUCAUUAAGUGAGCAGUUAUCUUUUUUUGUUGGCCCUAAAGUCAAAAACGCUUCAAGUCUAAAUCGGAUUAGAUCAGGUGGAUGGAAGUUACAGUCGCACCACAUAGCAGUGUCAUGAUGAAAGGCUGUGGAAUAGUUCACUUUCAUGGUUUACUAAAUAACGAAGCUAUCGCUUGGUGUAUAAUAAAUAUAACUGUUAAAUUAAGCAAAAUGAUUGAAGCUCAGUACGAGCUGUCGUCACGUAUCGCCACGAGCAGUAAUGAAAGGAAUAUCUAUAAACGAAUUAUAGUAGAGGUGUGAAGAUGCAGGUGUUAUUCUUGUGGAUGAUAGAUACUACAAGGCUAUUAAAAAAUGUAGCCUGCAUGAAGUAAUGUACAAAUGAAAGCAUGGAUGUAGUAUUAAAAAAAGCAAAUUAUGAAUAAAUUUAUGACUAUAUUAUGGCAGGGGAAAUGUUGUAAAUAUGCUUUCAUAAAAAUCAAAUAUAUUUG